AUGGUGAAGACGGUCGCAGAUGAGAGCAGCGUGCGGGUGGCUGUCAGAAUACGGCCACUCGUACACCGGGAACUCUCAGAGAUGUGUCACAACUGCACUCGGGUGCCGCCCGGCGAGCCGAUGGUGGUGCUAGGCAAAGAGAAAGCCUUUACCUUCGACAACGUCUUCGACGUGACCACCAACCAAGACAACGUUUACACCACGAGUGUCAGGGAUCUCGUCGACGGAUGCUUGUCCGGAUACAAUGCCACGGUCCUGGCGUACGGCCAAACCGGAUCCGGUAAAACUUACACCAUGGGCACCGGGUUCGAUAUGGCGAUUAGUCUGCAACCAACCGAUCGAGGGGUGAUACCCCGCGCCGUCGAGCAUCUCUUCCGAGGCAUCCAGGAAGUGCAGCGCGAGACAAAAGAAAAAGGCAUUCCCCCACCGAAAUUCCAAGUCGCCGUACAGUUCAUGGAGCUGUACAAUGAGGAUGUGAUUGAUCUUCUGAAUCCAGAAAAAUCCAAUCAAGAGAAUCGACGCAACACCAAAAUCGUUGAAGAAUGCGGACAGAUCGUCGUGCAAGGAAUCACCGUGCGGACGGUGCAAACCGCCGAGGAAGUGAUGCAGUGUCUCCACCACGGGGCGAUCUCGAGGACCACUGCGAGCACCAAUAUGAAUUCCCAAAGUAGUCGGAGUCACGCCAUCUUCACAUUGCACAUUAGACAACAAAGGUUCCUAACAGGUGAGGGCGGUAGUGAGGGCGAAGGCGAAGAGAACGAUAUGGAAACGCUGACGGCCAAGUUCCAUUUCGUGGAUCUCGCAGGCUCAGAGAGAAUCAAAAGGACUGGUGCUACUGGCGUACGCGCCAAGGAAGGGAUCAAGAUCAAUUGCGGAUUACUCGCUCUUGGCAAUGUGAUAUCAGCAUUGGGUGAUGUUACGAAAAAAGCCACUCAUGUGCCGUACAGAGAUUCGAAACUUACUCGACUGCUGCAGGACUCUUUGGGGGGUAAUAGUCGAACCCUGAUGAUCGCUUGCGUUUCCCCCGCCGAUCGAGACUUCAUGGAGACCUUGAACACUCUGAAAUACGCAAACCGAGCGAAAAACAUUAAAAACAGAGUUUGCAUCAACCAGGAUAAAAGCUCUCAAACUAUCAUGGCCCUCAGAAGAGAGAUCGAAGCAUUGCAGCUCGAACUCAUGGAGUACAAACAGGGUAAACGCAUCGUUAGCGAGGACGGCACUUAUCAGACAAACGAUAUGUAUCAGGAGAAUCAAAUCCUCUUGGCCGAGAAUCAGAAUCUCAGGACGCGACUCAAGGCCUUGAAGGAGACGGUAGAUCGUUUGAAAAUGCGGAACGCUGAGCUCCUGAACGAGAAAGCCGCUCACAAUUGGAUCUCCAUGGAUGAAGGUAGCGAGGGACGCAGCAUGGUCGAACUCCAAUCGCAGUACAUCAACGAGAUUGAGGAGUUGAAGACGAAGCUGAUCGAGUCAGAGGAAAUGUGUUCUCAGCUGCAGAAGUCUUCGGGGGGACUCCGACGAAAAGUCUCCGGGGUGGGGACUGCUCUGAAUCUUUCAAUGGCCGGCUCAAUGGCGGCAUCGGUGCUUGAGAGUGAAUCUGUCUCCGGGGAAAUCUGUGUAGAAGAGCUCAUACAUCAGGCGAGAAAGGAGAUUAAACGACAGAAGAAGAAGUCGAAGAACGAUGGCCCACGAGACAAGGAUGAGAACGGUGUCAAAUCCGAUGGCGAUGAAGAUACGUCACUCAAGUCCAAUGGUGCUCAGGUCAGUGGGGGCAGCGCCGAGGACUCGGAACUCAGUGAUGAAGACUUCAGUGAAGACGACGUAGAAGACCAACUGCGCGAAUAUUCGGCCGAGAUGGCCGGUCUGACGCAGGAAAUCUCAAUCAAGGAACGGCUGAUCGAAGAACUGGAGAAAUCCCAACGGAGGAUGUGCUCGAUGCGGAGUCACUACGAAGAGAAGUUACUCCAGCUGCAAAUUAAAAUCAAACAAACCGAAAUGGAGAGAGACAAGGUGCUCAACGCGAUGUCUUCCAAAAAUCAAUCGCAAGCGGAGGUCGAAGAAGCAAAGAAAGUCAAAGAUGAAUUCGAGAAGAAACUCCAGAGUCUCCAGGCAGAACUCAAACAAAUGCAGGACGCCAAGCGUCGCCACGCGCAGCUUGUGAAAGAACAGGAGAAGCAGGAGAAGGUCAUCAAAGAAUACCGCCAGCAGCUGGAAGAGCUCAAGAAGACAAAGACGGAGCUAAUGAGAAAGAUCCGCGAAGAAGGUAAACGACACAAGGAGCAAGAGCUGAAGUGCGCUAAGGAAUUGAGUUCCUUGAAACGAGAGGCUCGACAGAGUGAGAACCGAAUCAAAAACCUCGAAGCCGAGAAUCGGGCGAAGGAGAACGUACUCAAACGCAAACAAGAGGAAGUCAUUGCUCUGCGAAGACAGGCCGCGAACAAAGUCAAUGGAACACGACCUUCGCGUGGAAAACCGCAGGGGGUUCUCACCCGUAUAGUGAAAGACCGAUGGAAGACUUUAGUGAAAAAUAUCGACAAGAUGGUCCUCAACAAGCAGACGAUUCACAACAUCGAGCGCGACAUGGAACGCUAUCUGCUCGAGCGAGAGAAGCUCGAAAGAGUUCUCGACAAAACUCUCCGCAAACGGGACAAGGCGAUAAGUCAAGGGAAAGACGACUUGGUCUUGAGGGAUCUGGACGACGAGAUCGACAACCUGAACAGCAAUAUCGGCUAUCUGCAGGACAAUAUCAUGGAAUGCCAAACCAACAUCUGUCAGAUUGAGGAGAACAAAGAAGUUCCAGACCAACAGUUGGUCGAUGUCAACGAACUGAUCACCGGACUGAGUACAGUCUCUUCGGACGCCAAGUUCCUCAUAGAAAAGCUCCUCGCCAUGACCGUUAACCAGAGCAUGCAGGCGGCGCAGAAAACCGCGGAAUGUAAAGAAAUCGAGGCGAGGCUCGAACAGGUGGAGAACAACUACUCGCAAGCGGAACGCCUGCUGCAGAUGACCAUCGAGACUCCCGACAAGGCCUUGAGCGCCGUGAUGGAGGGUCUCGAGCUGCAGGGAGGUCAGGAGAGUCAAGCCAGCUCGCGAUCGGUAUCGCCUGCAGAAUCGAUCCGCUCCGACAUCUCCAGCGCCACCUACAUCGUACCUGGUGAACGCGGAAGGCUGAAGGCGCGGCGUCGAACGCCCACCUGUGCAGACCUUCUCUUCAGCCCGGGGGAUUCCACCAUACCCCGCUCGGACAGUAUCCCCCUGAUGGAUGAGACAGAGCCCUCCCAAUUCCCGCUGCUGAACCCCGCGGUCCCCCUCGUUCCGCCUGUCCAGUCCCACAUUCCUCGACUAGCGCCCAGAGACAUCAUGAGCCGCAGUUUCACUUCUUAUCGGGACGCGCUCGUGGCGAAGGGUCCUCUUUCCACGGGCUCCACGAAACUUCUGGAGAGGCAUCACCCUCUGAUCGAUCACACACCCACCGGUCUUCCCCGCAAACGGGACCCGCUGCCUGCAUAUGCAACGCCCCUCACCCAGCGUCGACGUUUCAAUCACGCUCUCGCGAGCGCGGGAAGCGCAAAAGUUCAUCCUCUUCAAAAUGAUCUCAACAGCGGUCGGCAUAUGAGUGAUUCCAUCUGUGAUCAAACCCCACCCGCCUCACCUUCGGUGUCCCGAAAAAUGUUCAGAUCCACCGAUGCCAAUGUGUUCACGAGGCUGGCGGGCUGUCAAACAUCGACUCCCCCUCAGAAAGAACGAGGCGUCAUUUCCAUUUUCACCGGACGAGCCCCAACCAAAAGUUCCCCUUUCAUCUGUACGCAUACUGCCGAAGGUCACAACAAGGCUGUCUUAUCGCUGGCGGUCACUAACGACGUCCUAUUCAGCGCCAGCAAAGAUCGCACGGUCAAGGUCUGGGAUCUCCGAACGGGCCAGGAAAUUCAGACCGUGAGGGGCCACCCCGAUAAUGUUCAGGUUGUUCGGUACUCGGAAUACUCGCGACUCGCUUUCUCGGCCUCGACGGCCUACGUCAGGAUCUGGGAUCUACGAGAAAGCCCUGCAAAAUGCGUGAAAACCCUAUCAUCUUCCGGAAGUACCAUGGGUAGUCUCCCGUCUUCCGAGCGAGACAGUCGGGUCCCUGUCGGCGAGCAGCGUAUCAACGCCGUCGAACUCAACCAUUUCGGGAACAUCCUUUUCGCAGCAUCCGGCUCCACCGUGAAGACGUGGGACCUGAGACGAUUCGCCACGAUUGGCAAGCUUGUCGGUGGGCACACCGCUCAAGUCAUGUGUCUGGCCGUGGACGACGUAGCUCUCGAUACGAAUUACAUCGCGACGGGCUCCAAAGACCAUUACGUGAAGGUGUUCGAAACGAUUGAGAAGCCGAACGGAGUGAUCCAACCAAAAAUGAACCUCGAGCCCCCUCAUUACGAUGGAAUCUCGUCCCUCGCCAUGUUCAAUGACUACCUCUAUUCGGGAUCGCGGGACAUGUGUCUGAAAAAAUGGGACCUCCAGAACGGCUGUCUCGUUCAAAGCAUAAACCAAGCUCACAAAGACUGGAUCACCGCUAUCGCGACCUUGGCGAGCCCGGUGGGGAGCUCGAGUCAACUCCUGACGAGCUGUCGUGGGGGACUCUUGAAAAUAUGGAACACCGACACCAUGCAGAACAUCGGAGAGCUCAAAGCUCACACGACGCCUAUCAACGCCAUCGCAACAAAUGGGGAAUGCGUUUUCACUGCCUCAAAUGAUACCACCGUACGGAUAUGGCAACCCCGACUCAGCCCAGAUCUUUCUCCUGACUGCAAUAAUGCACCUCAAGACAAAUAUUUGUGACAGUGC